AUGUCUCCUCCUUCGGACAUGACUAUUCGUUUCUGCGAGACCCAGAAUACAUGUUUGUCGGAGUGGACAACAAAAAAACGAUCCGAGAAGACGGCGAAUAAUAAAGCAAAGCCAACUGUACACCCUGUCGAAGUCAACCAUGGCCCAACACCCCGUCUGGAUGACUUUGGUAGACCGCUGGUGCCAUCCCAUACGGACGAUCCGCUAGAUCCCCUCAACUGGACCAAACUCCAGAAACGGACAGUACUCGCAGUUGCCUGCUCGGCAUACUUUGCGUCCACCUACCUGAUAACGAUCGCCUCAGACCCAUCACUAUUUCUCAGCAACCACUUCCAAGCAUCAGAAAGCCAGCUGCACUGGAUCUCAAGAAUCCCAUCCUUGGGGCUUGCAAUCAGUCCUUUACUAGCCCCAGUACCCGCAAGCAGAUAUGGCCGAAGGGUUGUCAUGGUAUCUGGUACAGCCAUCGCCUUGUUGGCAAGUGGGUGUACCUCAUUGGUUUCGGCCAAUGGCAUUAGUUUGAGCGGCUAUCUUGCAGCUCGCUUCUUCCAGGGGUUUGGUAUGGGACCAGCAGCCAACGUCGGCUUGGCCAUUGUGAAUGAUCUGACCUGGGAGCAUGAACGUGGGUUCCGAGUCGGGGUGUGGGCUUUGGCAGGGAAUCAAGGACUGUUGGUCGGGCAAUUAGUCGGCAGUCUCCUCAACACCGUUGAACAUAAAUGGCUACCGUAUCAUCUGACCAUGAUCUUCGGCGUCCUCCUCAUCCUCGAGAUCGCCUUGCUCCCUGAGACGCUCUAUCCACGGGCCAAUGUGGCGUCCAGUGAGCAGAAUAGUGCCCCUGGCGGUACAAGCAGCAGCGAACCGGUCGAAGCUGUGAAGCGAACUAGACAACUUCCAUUCCUCAACUUCGCUAGCGUACCUGGGAUCGAUCAUCCAAACCCACGCUCCGCCAUUACACAAGUCUUCAAGACGUGGACAUCUCCAGCUUUGGCAAUGAGCGUUGGCGCCUUUGUGUUCUUCCAGUACUGGUGGGUGUUCGCCGUCCUAAGAGCUCAAACAGUCGCCUAUGGAGACUUCCAGCCUCGAAUCCGUGGCCUGCUCGUGCUAGGCCUGGUCUUCGGCGCACUACUAGCAGAAUGGGUCUUCUCCGGUCGGGCCAGUGAUGCCGUCGUUCGUCGACUUACCCGGAUAUACGAAGGCUCUCGCCAUCACGGAAUGAGACUCUGGCUAGGCUAUCCAGCAGCCGUCUUUUCUUCCAUCGGUCUCGUUGUAUGGGGCUUCUCGGCUGCCGAGAGUUGGCACUGGAUGGCGGGCCAGUGUGGCAUAUUUCUCUGUAAGUUCCCUGUGAGCACUGGUAGGAUCAUGAUGUUUGAAAUGAGCUUACUCAUGUUCGUAUUUUUCGGGUUUUCAGACGCAGCAGGCUUGCAAAUCGGCACCGCCACGCUCGCUGCCUACCUCGUCGACGGCUGCAAAGACCAUGCAGUAUCCGCAAUAGCCUUUUACGCCUUUUUCGUAAAUGCAAGUUCCCACCCAUUCCCCAUUCCCCAACUGCAAAUGCCCGGACCGCCAUCGUACCUCCUACUCACACAGCAACAGGUCUCCGCAUUCGUUAGUCCCUGGUUUGUCUACGCCUGGAUUGAAAAGUCAGACUCUUGGGUGGCCGCUAAGCUAGACCCCAUCAUCGCGUUGAGCAAGAGUCUGAAGGGUUGA